AUGAGCGACUCCAAGGCCAUCGACGUCGUGCGCGCCACCAGCGUUGAUCUCGGCCGCGACUACGGCACCGGCAGCGGCUCGUCGUCGCGCGCCCACGGCCAUCCAGAGAUCGUCGAUUCGAGCCCCGACCGUGGAGGAGAAAUCGCGCUCGCCUCGGACGAGUUCAAGCCGCAGCAAGGAUGGCGCGCAAAGCUCGCAUUCUUCAAGACCCGAGAUUUCUGGUUCAUUCUGGCGCUGGGACAGGUCCUGGCGAUCUGUAUCACCGGCACGAACACGCUGACCACGUUGCUUGCCAUGGAGGGAACCAGCCUGCCGGCGUUCCAGACGUUUUUUAACUACGUGUUGCUUAAUAUCGUGUAUACGGGCUACACGCUCUACAAGUACGGGUUCAGGAAGUGGGGACGCAUGGUACUGAAGGACGGGUGGAAGUACAUCAUCCUCGCGUUUUUCGACGUCGAGGGCAAUUACUUCACCGUGCUGGCGUACCGGUACACGACGAUCCUGUCGGCGCAGCUGAUCAACUUCUGGGCCAUCGUCAUCGUCGUCAUCAUUUCCUUCACAUUUCUGAAAGUGCGCUACCACUGGGCCCAGGUGUUGGGUAUCUUCGUCUGCAUCGGCGGCAUGGGUUUGUUACUUGCGUCGGACCACAUCACGGGCUCCAACGGUGGCGACGUCUCCUCGGGCAACCAGCUCAAGGGCGACCUGUUCGCGCUGCUGGGCGCCACCUUCUACGGCCUGUGCAACGUCUACGAGGAGUGGUUCGUCUCGGGCCGCCCCCUGUACGAGGUCAUCGGCCAGCUCGGCUUUUGGGCGACCAUCAUCAACGGCGCCCAGGCGGGUAUCUUUGACCGCGCCAGUUUCCGCACUGCCACCUGGAACGGCAAAGUUGGCGGCUAUCUCACCGGGUAUACACUGAUUUUGUUCCUCUUCUACACUCUGGUCCCCGUGCUGUACCGCUUCGCGUCGGCCGCGUUCCAGAACAUUUCCCUCCUGACGGGCAAUUUCUGGGGCGUCAUCAUCGGGUUGCGCGUCUUUCAUCUGCAUGUCCAUUGGAUGUACCCCAUUGCGUUUACGCUCAUCAUGAUCGGCCACUUUGUGUAUUACUUUGGCAAGGGCGUGCUCGGCGAGGCCGCCAAGGCGUGGUUGGGCGAGAACCAGGAGAAGGGGAUCGAUGGGUUCGGCAGCGCGAAGAGACGGCUGAGGCUCAUGCAGGAGACUGGGAAUGGGACGAGGGGCCAGGAAGGCACCGAGAGCAUGGGCGUUGUCUAA